AUGUUUCUAUUUUGGAUAUUUUAUAUCUUACUUAUAAAAACUGUAUUUGGAUUAAAUGGUGGUCCAUACAUAUUUGCUAAUGAAUCUGUUGGUUCACCUGUUGUCUCGACAACAUCCGGUACAUUUGCUGGUUUUACUAUUCGACAAACCAAUGUUUGGAUUGGAAUUCCUUAUGCUAAUCCACCUAUCGGUACACUUCGAUGGGCAAAGGCUCAACCAUAUACGAUGAAUAAUAAUUAUAAUAAUACAAUACGAAAUGCAACUUAUUAUAGUUCAUCAUGUCCGCAAGUUGAUCGAGGAGACGGUUCAACGCCAGGUCCAUUCGAUGAAGAUUGUUUAUAUCUAAAUGUAUGGGCACCUAGUAUUGCAUCAUCCAAUUCAUCGGGAUAUCCUGUAAUGUUAUGGAUUCAUGGCGGAGCAUUUAUAGAAGGAAGUUCAUCGCAGGCGAUCUAUGAUGGACUUAGUUGGACAAAUGCCGCUAUACAAGAAAAUAAUUCAUUCAUAAUGGUUAGUUUUAAUUAUCGUUUGAGUGUUAUGGGAUUUUUUUCUCAAACGACUUUGUUGAAUGAUAACGGUAAACCUAUAGCAAAUCAAGGUAUUACUGAUCAACGUAUGGCAAUGAAAUGGGUUCAAGAUAAUAUUGCACAAUUUGGAGGUAAUAAAAAUUCAAUUACACUUAUGGGUGAAUCAGCAGGAUCUCAAUCAGUUUGUAUUCAUAUGGUAUCACCAUUAUCGAAUGGUUUAUAUCAUGCUGGUAUAUUAGAAAGUGGAUCUUGCGAUACUGUUUCUUAUAUGCGUGAUAAAUCAUUCGCUUAUUCGGUAACAAAUAAUCUUGCAUCCCUUGUUGGAUGUAAUAUGACGGAUACAGUUCAACAAUUAACUUGUUUGCGAACUAUCAAUAGUACUUUGCUAAUAGCUACUAUAGCCAAUGUGUCGAUUCCACCGUCCACAUCGCUAGCUUUCAAAGAUCAAGAGAAGAUUGGAGGCACUUUCCCAUUCAGUGUAAUUGUUGAUGAAGUUGAAAUUCCUGUUCAUCCCCUUCAAGCUUUCUUGUCUGGAACAGCUAAUCAAGUACCUGUAUUAACAGGAGCAAAUCAUGAUGAAUUUCUAUUACGUGUUAUGUAUGACGUAUAUUUUAAGGGGCCAACCAGUGCUGAAGACUACUUGACUCGUAUUUUACCAAUUGUAACUUUUAAUCAUUCUGAAAUCCAGACAUUAUAUACUCCAGAUCGAUUCAAUGGCAACUAUUCUCUAGCCUUUGUAACAUUGAUGUCUCAACAAGCUUUUCUGUGUAGUACUCGACGUAUAGCUGGAUAUAUGAAUAAACAACCAACAUAUUUGUAUACAUUUACACAUAUACCAGAACCAUCUUGGUUAAUCAGUCCAAACUUAGUUAUAUGGCCUGGUGCAUAUCAUAUAGCUGAAGUCUUUUAUUUAUUCCAAACAUUAGCCGCUUCAUUUUAUGGAAAUAUGAUGUUUGAAUGCGAUGAAAUACCUUUUGCUACAUCUAUGCGCCGUUAUUGGACAAAUAUGAUUACAAAACAUCAACCGAAUGAUAAUGUUAACUUAAUGUGGCCUCAAUAUUCGUCUAGUAAUGAUCAGAUUCUUGUACUUAAUAAGAACAUGACUACUAGCACUUUCAUAGAAAUCUAUCCAAACUGUGAUCUUUUAUCUGAUAUACAAGCCAAAGUUUAUGGUGAAUUUUUAGGCUUAAAUGUUACAUGUGCAGUAGGAAAUAAAUGUUUUAUUAUUAAUUCCACUUCAAAUACAAACACAGCUUCAACAUUUGCUACCAAUUAUUUAUAUAAUUUACUGCUAAAUACUUUUCUUCUGUUUUUUUCGUAUAUAAUAUUUCUAUCAUAA